AUGAAGCAAGCACUGGUUAAACACAUUCGUCAUUAUACCACAGCUGCAGUUCGUGGCCCAGGGUUUGGAGCUGUGCAAGAUAUGCGACUUAGGGGACCUUGGACCUAUGUCGAGGAUUUAUCUCCAAUGCAAACUCACAAGAUGGAUGCAACUCUGAAGGGCCACAUUCCCAUUUCUCGCGGGACUUUAGUGGCCGGAGACGCGGUGCCUGUUGGGUAUCAUUUUGCUUAUUUUAACGGAUUGGAGUCCGAGGAAGAGCUGACGAGGGCCGGGUGUGUGCGAGCAGCUGCACCUGACCCACAACUGUUCCCAGUGCGGAUGUGGGCAGGUGGGAGUAUAGAGUUUAACGCAAGACCAUUGACACUAGGAACCGUUGGUAGUGCGAUUGAGCGAGUGGCUCGUGUGGAAUAUAAGUGUAAGUCUAGUGGGAUAGUAGGCGAGGAGGAGAAUAAGAAUAAGAAUAAGAAUAGGUUGCAGGAGCGGCUGUUUGUGACAUUUGAGAGGCGAAUGUAUGCACAAGAUGUUGUUAGUAGUGGGGGUGGAUUUAUAGAGAAAGUGGCUACAGGAACUGGAGACGAUAAAUGGUCGGUUAAAGAAGAAAGGACAAUGGUUUACAUGUCGAAUCGGAGUGCACCGUCCAAGUCUGGCGAGUCACCAUUUAUUAGUCCAAAGUAUUCCGGGCCACCUGUGUUUCAGCAUACGUUUACUCUGAGUAUGGUAACAUUAUUUCGGUAUUCUGCGGUGACUUUCAAUGGGUACCGGAUGCACUAUGAUCCGUUGUAUUGUAUUGAAGAGGAAGGGUUAAGUGGAUGUUUAGUUCAUGGACCUUUGAUUGCGACGGUCGUACUUUCGCUUGCAACACAAGCUGGUGUGAUGAUUGGUUCCAUGGGUCGGCGUAUAGUGCGGUUUCGGUACCGGAUGGUUGCACCGUUAUUGGUUGAGAAAGCAAUUACGGUUGAGUUUAGAGAGUUGAAGGGGGUUGUUGUUGUUGUUUGUGUGACGGACCAGCGGGGGUCACAGUGUGUUGAUGGUGCGAUUGAGUUUGAAUGA